UUUUCAUUAUCAAUAUAUUAUAAUACAUUUCCAUUCGACCGAGUUUUUCGAAGUAAUGAACUUGUUAGGUGAAACACUGUCAUACUCGAUAUUCUUAAUUAAACUUAUCCUUUUGUGGUAUAAACAACGAACAUUUGACAGGAUAUUAACGAUGAUGGCGAUCGAUUGGGAGAAGUGUUAUAGCGCGAAAUUCAGUAUGUUCGCGAUGACAUGCAAUGCCAAGCUGUCCCGACGUUUCACUAAUAUGACAGUGGUCCUUUAUUCGAUGGCUGUAAUUUUUCACAGUAGCAAUAUUGUGAUGAAACACACAAACGACGAUGAAGCUUCCAAUACUUCCACUCGACCGCUUCUUACGGACAUGGAUCUACCAUUUAACUACAAUCGAGCAUACGUAUACGAGCUGAUCAUAAUUAUUCAAUUUCUUCACGUAUGGUUGAGCUCCUGUGCAAUCGGUCUAUUAAACGCUUUAUUAAUAAAUUUGAUAUUGCACGUAGGUGGUCAAAUCAAUAUCCUUUGCGAAUGGUUGAUGGAAAUGUUUCCAAAAAGAGAAGCGCAGUCCGAGUUCUUUUACGAUAAAAAAAUAAUCAAGAAACAUCAGCAAAUCAUCACCUUUUCAGAGUAUAUCGAAGAUCUGUAUUCGAAUAUUGCAAUGGUGCUGUUUGUGUCGGAUACUUUCAUUAUCUGCUGUUUAGGUUUUGUAAUGGUCGCGUCAGUUGGAACACCGGAUGCCGCAAAAAUUAUAAUGAGGACACUCUUAUUUUAUUUUGUUAUGAAUAUGGAAGCGUUUGUGUUCUGCUUCGCUGGAGAAUAUUUAAGUACCAAGAGUGACAGUAUCGGGGAUGCUGCAUAUAAUUCAUUCUGGUACGAAUCAAAUUCUAAAGAUAGUCGGAUUAUAUUGUUCGUGAUAAUGAAAUCACAGAGACAACUAACCAUUACAAUUGGAAAAACUAUGAAUUUGUCUUUACAACAAUUUAGCAGUAUUGUAAAAGCUUCAGCCUCGUACAUUUCAGUUUUACUUGCGAUGAAUUAAAGCGAAACUAAAUCUUGUAUCAGCAGUUAAAUCUUGUAAUUAUCAGCUUUUUAAUAAGCGUU